AGAAUUCAGUUUACAAACUGUAAACAACCGUAGGUUGGGUUGUAUAACUAGAAAAAAUAGUUAUAUAAAUGCAAUUGGUGGGAAUCUGCGUACACAUUUGAUUAAAUAGUCAACGUACUCGCAGGUAGAUUGGGUGAAGACUGACAAAGGUUUCAAAAUGGCUGAACACAAGAAGAUAUUAAUUGCCGUGAUGAUAAUCACUGUUGUUAUCUUCAUUAUCACACUGGCGUUCAAUGGAGCGAGUGGAGUUGGACCACCGUUGUUCAAGAAUAAUACUGGUGCACUCUCCGACAAAUACUCCACUGGUAUAACGCCAUCUGGCUGGGUUUUCAGUAUCUGGGGAGUUAUCUACACAUGGCAAUGUUUAUGGCUCCUGUUUGCUUUUAUCAACAUUUUCCGAAAAACAGCUGAUGGCCCUGCCUAUGUCAGUCCCAUGAUACUAACACCACUGUUCUUCAUAGUCUACACAUUCAACUUGUGUUUCAACACCUCGUGGAUCUUUUUGUUCGGAAAUGAGCACAUUGUCAUAGCCUUCGUUGCCUUAUUUUUAAUCGCAUUUUGCCUAUACAUCUGUAUGUUCAUAGCAUACAGAAACCUGUAUCAAAAUGGUCCUCGGCUACAAAAACAGGGACGGAACAUCGAGAUUUGGAUGCAUCGUUUGUUGGUACACAACGGCCUUGGAAUAUACGCGACCUGGACAACCAUAGCUACACUUUUAAACGUCGUUAUGACCAUGGUGUACGGUGCUACGCCCGGUGUUGGGAAAGAAGACGCCGGAACUGUAGCUCUUGGUCUCCUUACAGCGGAAUUAGCUAUAUUUAUUGUCUCGGAUUUAGUUUUCCUGGACAAUUAUUCUAGAUAUACUGUCACCCCAUAUAUGGUGGUUUGUAUUGCUCUGGGUGGAAGUAUUGAUAAAAAUUGGGACCAAACAAAAACAAAUUCUAUAUUUUCUGCGGUACUAUUAGCUAUCGGAUGUACUUUCCUUGUUGUUAAGAUUAUAGUCAUGAUUUGGCGCCAUAUUAAGAAACCAUUAUACCCAACAGAAAUUGCCCCUACAACUGCUGGAAUCAAAGCAUAAUCUAGGAAUUUGCUUGGACCAUUGAUUUCCUUCUGUAGAUUGUAUAUAUGUUUAACCAGAUCACCUCUUCGAUACUUCAUUAUUUAUUUGCUUUCUAACAUUUAGAAAUUAUCACGAAAUGAAGCUUUCAAUUUCCAAAAACGGAAACGGAAUUUGCUCAGCAUGUUGGCUAUCGUGCGCUUGCUCAUCUGUGCAUAUGCCAUUCAUGUCCUAAUCAUGUGAUGAUGUGUUGAUUCGAUCACUGCAGCAAGAUCUUAGGGCGGAAUUGAUUGGAUUUGUAUUCCGUUGUACUUUUACAUAGUAUUGUAUCUUGCUUCAAAAUGGGACAUAACUCUUAAGUUCAUUUUGUUCGUUUUAAAAGGGUCGAUUUCUUGAUGAGUAUUUUUACGUCACUUGUGGUGUAUAACGACCUAUGUGAAUAGUUCUCUAACUCUGCAGUUGUAUGUCUAGCAAACUCUGAAUUUAAAGCAACGAAGAGUUUAAUCAGCUGCCUUUGGCGUUAUUUUCCAUUUUUCAUAAUUCAUGUAUUAUAGUGUCACAUCUUUGUUAAAUCAAAUUAUUCAAGUUAGCAUGUAAUUUAUACUCAUUUAUGUAAAAUCUGACAGAUUGUUGUAUUCAUUUACAUGUAUUUAAAUGGACAGAUUAUUAUACCGGUACUCAUUUACGUAAAUACUGACAUAUUGAUAUACUCAUUUAUAUAUAUUAAAGUAGAUAAAGUACAAGUACUUCUUUGUUUACGGUAGAUAAAUGCAUAAAUAAAUAAAAAUACGUCCAGGUAAAAAAAAUUCCCCACUUUACUUCAUUCUGACAUUUAUUAAAUUAUAUAAGCUAACUGUUUGCCCUCUAUAGGCGUCUUCAGAUAUUGAAGAUACAUUCUUAGAAUAAUAGAUUUCCAUGGCAUUGGAUAAUAAAUAAUAUUAGGUAAUGUACAAUAAAAGAUUAAAAGUAUAUACUACAUAACAGGACAUUAAUUUACAUAUAGCCAAUACAGGAAUAAUGAGAUGAAAUCAAUGUUCAUAGACCAGUCAUCUGGCUAUAAAAUUGAACCUUUCAUUAAUUUACAUAGUCUUCCUGGUAUAAUCUGACAAUAGUAUAAUACAGAAGUGAAGAGAUGAAUUAAAUGUCAAUAGAUCAGUUAUGUAAUUUGGCUAUAAACUUAUAUUAACUUUUCAUUAUCGUAAUCAAUUAUAUCAAUUUUUUUCUCGGUAUAUUAUACCGGUACUCAUUGAUGUAAAUACUAACAGAUUAAUAUAUCCAUUUAUGUAAAAGCUGAUAGAUUAUUAUACUCAUUUAUGUAAAUACUGACAAAUUAUUAUACUCAUGUGUAAAUGCUGAUAUAAUAGUUUAUAUUGUUAUACAAAAAUCACCAUUUUUCUAUGUAGAUAAAAAAAUAUAGUUUUUCUUUAAUAUU